GCCAGCAGGCUCCCAGCUCCCUCCAGCGACACCGCAUUUGCUGCCAGUGACUGACUCGGCUGAGCUUUCCAUACAUCCCAGGAGCAUGACACCUGGCUCCCACUGGGCAGUCGUUGACGUGGCAUUGAAAUGUUUACAAACACAAAGCGGGAUCGCUUUUGCCGGGGAGCCCCGGCGUCCCCAGCCCCGGGGUCAGGCUCGCAGGGAUGUGCGUAUUGGAAAGGCAGGAUUCGGAGGACAGUGGCGCCAAAUGCCAAUAUUUGUGCAGACGGCGUCACGGCACACCCGCACCAGUCGGGGCCUGGCAGUCUGAAAGUCCAACGCAGAGUGGCACUUUGGCCAGAUGGGCUGGGCUCGCCUCUCCGUUCCCUGUCUAGAGGCUGGCAGUGCUGCAGCUGCCCCAGCCUCCCAGCAUCUCUCCAGCAGCCAGCGUGGUGAUGUGGACACGCCGUCCAGCAGCACGGCUAGCAGCGAUUUCACAGCCCCUCCUUCCUCCGAUGAUAUAUGCCUAGAUGACUUCCUGCCGCCAACACACCUGCAAACUCCAUCUGCUUGCAUUCGACCCGAGGACAGGCCAUCAAAUCAGAUGACAUCCCAUGGCUAACUUAAACCAAAGCCAAACAGGGGAUUUUGGAAACCGCUGAAAAUAAGGGGAACUCUGGAGUGUUUAACAAUUACUUCCUCAUAAGACAUGCCCAAGAGGAAGAGAGAUGCUCUUCAGUCAUGGAGCUGCUCUCCUAAGCAUGAGGGGGAUCACGCUUUCCUCCCUCUGCUUACUGAUGCACCUGCUUCAGGAUGAGAUAACCACAAUUUUAGUUUUGGAAAAUCAAGACCUGAAAGAUUUGAUUAAGCCGCAGAACGUAGAGUUUCGUUCGUUAAACUUCAACAGCACUUUGCAUUGGCAGCCUGGGACGGCUGGAGAGGCAAGAGACACGGUCUACUUUGUGCAGUAUAAAGUGUAUGGGCAGAGUACGUGGCAAAACAAAGACGAAUGCUGGGGGAUUCAAAACCAUAUCUGUGACCUAACAAAUGAGACCUCUGACAUCCAAGAGCCUUACUACGGCAGAGUGAAAGCCGCGUCGGCUGGCAUCUAUUCUGACUGGAGCCUCAGCUGCAGAUUCACUCCCUGGCAAGAAACUAUGAUAGGACCUCCGAUGGUAACUGUGGUUCAUAGCAACAAAUCCAUAAUACUAAAGCUCCAGGCUCCACGUUCUCCUUAUAAAAGGAAGAGAGGCAGCAUGGUACCGAUGACAAAUUAUUAUGAUCUGCUAUAUCAAGUCUUCAUAAUUAACAACUUGCUAGAUGAGCAACACAGAGCCCUGGUGUAUGAAGGAAAAGACAAGGUUAUUAAAAUAGAAGAUUUGAGGCCCGGAGUCAGUUACUGCAUUGUGGCUAAAACGUACGUGCCAAUGCUGGACCGCAGCAGUGCCUACAGCAGCAGGCAAUGCACCAUGCUGCAGUGACAGGGCUGGCACCUCUGCAACAGUUACAGGGAUAAUGGUGGAAGAUGCCUCCCAUCACAGAUCCAGCUGUAAAUCAACAUCUAUGAUCUGUGUCUGGAAUACAUACUUGGAUGCUUUUUAAAUUGACCUUUGCUACAUUUAAGGAUUUGAAUCAUCACAAUGAUUUUAUGCAACAUAAAGGCCAAGAAUUCUUUCUAUGUCCUAUAUUACAAUUUACAAUGGUAUAUAUUUGCAUUUACAAAGGAAACAGUCUUGUAAUAUGAAAAAAAACCCCACAAACCCAAAAAACCACAAAACAUGCAAAAAGCACUUGUGAAAAUAUCCUUAAGAUUGUUUCUAGUGUUUUUCUAUUAUAAGCCUUGGAAUUAAAAUACAA